AUGGAGAAAAUUUACAUGGUCAUUUGUAUUUUCAUGACCAGCUUGGUGUUGGCAAAAUCUAGGUUAGCACCACCGGCAUCCCUAUCACUGAGUUGUUCCACUGCCAUGUAUAAUAUGGUAGAUUGUGUUCAAUUCUUGUCUAAUAAUGGCAGCAAAGAUGGGAAGCCCGCUGCUUCAUGUUGUGCUGGUCUUGAAAAAGUGUUGAAAUCUAGUCCUGAUUGCAUUUGUGAAUAUAUAAAAAACAAUGCUCAAUUGGGUGCCAACAUUAACGUUACGAAGGCCGAGACUUUGCCUUCAGCCUGCCAGGUUUCCUCUCCUCCCAUCAGCCAAUGUGACGUUUCUCCGUCACCUGGCGUCGCUCCCGCUAGCCCUUCAUCUGAUAAAGGUGGAACUCCAUCUACUAAGUCACCAUCGACACCGCCUGGUGGCGUUCCUCCACCGUCACACCACUCAGGAGCUUACUCUCUUCCGGCUUGGUUCUUUGCAUCCAUUAGCAUGCUAGCGGUUUCAUUAUCUUUUAUGGUAUUGUGA